AUGCCGAUGACGGAUCCCGCCGAUCCCAUGGUCAGGACCAACAUCACAAAAGUCCUCCAGAAUCUGCACGCCCUCGGUCUGAAAGUCGUCAGCGAUUUUGACCAGGAUGCGACGGACAACAACUUCUGGAAGACCGAGCCGCACACAUUCUUUUCCAAACUUCCCUCAACCUGGCUUGCGCCUGCCACAUCCACCCUCCGCCACCUCACCCUCUACAGUGAUAUGUAUUUUGGCUUCUUCCCUAAACUGGAUCUCAAGGAAGUUUACUUUCCGCAUCUCAAGACUCUAUCGCUCAACAAGUAUACCUUCUUUCAUGACAAGCAACUUGACUGGAUUCUCUUACACGCGUCGACCUUGACCGAGAUCUAUCUUGACGACUGUCCUUUACUAUUUGAAAUAGCAGUGUCCAACCAGAACAAGGACCGGUGCAACCUCGAGCAUGAUGAGUGGUUCCGCCGCGAUAAUGACCCUUCCAGCGUUUGGGGCUACAGGUACGCGCGUCGCUGGAACAACUACUUCGAUUCAUUCAGUGAGAAGUUGCCUCAUCUGCGACAUUUCCGAAUGGGAUAUGAUACUCAACUCCGAGAUUUCCCUCCGUUCGAGCACGAGACAGAACUCCCUCUGUGGCUGGUGGACGAACGGAUGCAAGGAUUUCAUGACGGAGUGAGCUUCGGAUCCCCGUACGUGGCUCUAGAAUGCAUGGACAUGCACUUUGAAGGUACAGAAGGGUUUCUAAUAUACGACGAAUGGGCCCCCGAUUGGAGAUUAGAGGACAAGAAGUCGUAUGUGGCUUUGUUAAAAAAGAUUGGGCAGAAGGAAGAACUCCGUUCUCGUUUAUAA